AUUCAGCAGGAGGACGUAGGCGCUUCUUCAUGUUUUGGCAGUUUCUCACCGAUAAAGCUACACGGAUAUAGAGCCUAUCAAGGAGACAGACCACCAGGAUUUUUAGUGGUUAUCCACGACAAAGCUACGAUGCUACUGACUGGGCAGUGACUGUCAGUGUGAGCUGGUUAGUGCUGCUUCACAAUGGCGGAUGGAAAUGAUGAUGAUGUCAUCCACCUGGCCAGCUUCAACGUGCACCGGAGCCAAGGCUCUCGUGCAGGUCAGAAGGAGUUCAUCACCAUUUCCGACGACUCGGAUGAAGAGCCAGUGACCUUUUUACCCGGCAGUCCGGUUUUAGUCCCAGACGAUGGCGAUGACGACGACGUCAGCAUACUAGAGGUACCGCUUCCGGCACGCAGGAAUAUAAUCCGCCAAGCAGCCAAAUGGAGUGGGAUCUUACACAACCCGGGUCAAAGCAGCGAGACGGCCGCCGCCGGGGACCUGGGCUCCGCCGCCUCUACCUCCAGAGACAUCAGGACGAACCAGCCGGCCACACACACGUCGACCACGGCGCUCCCCACCCCGGCGUUGCCCGCACAGCUUCAGCCAAAGCACCCCGCAUCUGUGCGGUUCCGGGACAACACGCCGGCCCGUCCCGCCGACACCCCGUCUACCUCUAAGCCGUCUGGGACAGCCACCGUUUUUCAGGUUCAGCCGAGCACGUCGGGACCCCUCCCGGGCCCCUCGGCGUGCGUACUGCGGCAUCAGCGAUGUGAAGCUGCAACCGCGGCGUGUUCCUCCACCAAGCCUCAGGAGACGGCGAGUACGAGCGGACGCGCAGCAGCAGUGCACGGUACUCAGGCCAGUACGUCGUCUGCGCAUGCACGGACUCAGCCGCAGCCGGGCACGUCUGCGCAGCACAAGGUCUUCCAGAUGAGCCUGGUUGUGUUUCCGCAGCCGCCCAGCAUCCGGGCGUCGGCGCUCAUAACCCAGCCUCAGCCGCAGCAGCGGCCCAUGAACUUCCCGUCGCACAAUCAGCCGCAGGGCAAUCUGGUCCAGAUCGAGCCGCAGCCCCUGGCCCAGGCCCCCGCCCAGACGCCUCAGGCUGCGCCCGUCGUCCCACCCGCGGUUCUAAUCGCCGCCGCCCCAGAGAGAUUAGGUCCUCCUGAGGCGGGCCACCGGAUCAUCCUGGGGAGCCAGGCGCCGGCGGAGGCCGUCCCGGAUCCUCCGCCGCAGGCCUCCGUGGCGGUGGCACCCGCCCACGAAGUCCGGCCGGCCAACCUGCCGGUGCCCCAUGACGGAGGAGGGGCUGCCGGGCUCGUCCUGGCCCCAAACCCAGAGCAGGUAAAUCCAGCGCCAGCUCUGGUGGCCGUCCCCCCUGCACCCGAGGCCGUUCCCCAGAUAGAGGACGCCAGACCCGGACCCUCGGCACCGCAGGGCGGACUGGACCAGCAGCCUCACGUUAGAGCCCUCAUCACUGGAGUUCUGGAUUUACUCCCAGACGUCCAGGAAGCGUAUGUAGCAGAACUGAUCCUGAGGAAUAAUGUGAAAGACUUGAAUGUGAUCUGCAACCUGCUGCUGGAGAAUCCAGAGUAUCCGAGGAGGGAGGCGGCUGCAGCCACAGCCGCUCCCACCAGCAUCCUGCUGGAGUCAGGAGACGUGCAGGCGGAGGUGACCGAGGACCUGUUCGACUACGCCAAGCUGAGCACGGUGGGGCCCAUGGUAAUCAUGCAGGCUGCCGACUUGCUGAUGGCAGACUUCAGGAUGCUCAGCUGUCAGGACAUCAAAUGGGCCCUGAACGCCCUGAAGGGACACUAUGCAAUCACACGCAAGGCCUUAUGUGAAGCUCUGAAGAAGUGGCAGGAAUCCGGCGACUCGUCCGGAAAGAGGCGACGGAGCAGGACCUCGUCGGAGCGCUGCUACAUCGAUUUUCACUUUGAGCACGGUUCUUACAAGUUGGACAGAAGGAUGUAUUUUCUGGAGAACGACCGGCGCUACUGCAGGACGUACAACAACCUGGAAGGUUCUGUCCAAAAGGAGCUGACGUUCUACCAGCAGAAGGCCAAGGAGUGGGCAGAGCACGAAGACUUCCUCCUUGCUCUGCAGGUCAACGAAGAUGAAUACAAGAAGGACGGUCAGCUGAUCGAGUGCGGCUGCUGCUACGGGGAGUUUGCCUUUGAGAAGAUGACGCAGUGCUCGGACGGACACCUGUUCUGCAAAGAGUGCCUGGUCAAAUACGCUCAGGAGGCCGUGUUCGGCUCCGGCAAGUCAGAGCUGAGCUGCAUGGAGGACGGCUGCCCGUGCUCCUAUCCCAUGUGCGAGCUGCAGAAGGUCCUCCCCGACAACAUCCUGUGCAAAUACAACGAGAGGCAGGCGGAGGAGGCGGUGGCGGCCACCUGCGCCGACGAGUUAGUGAGGUGUCCGUUUUGUAACUUCCCGGCCUUGUUGGACAAAGACAUGUCUCUGUUUAGCUGUCCUAACCCGCGCUGCCGCAAGGAGAGCUGCAGGAAGUGUCACGUCCAGUGGAAGCAGCAUGUGGGAAAAACCUGCGAGCAGGUUCUGGAGAGGGACGAGAUCCGCAUGAGAGUUCUGUUCGAGGAGCGGAUGACGGCGGCGCGGGUCAGGAAGUGCGUGAAGUGCGGGACGGGCCUGGUGAAGUCGGAGGGCUGCAACCGGAUGUCGUGCCGCUGCGGCAGCUUCAUGUGCUACCUGUGCCGGGAGCCCAUCACAGGCUACAACCACUUCUGCCAGCACGCCCGCUCCCCUGGCGCCCCCUGCAGGCACUGUCGAAAAUGCUCGCUCUGGACCGACCCCACGCAAGAUGACGAGCGAAUCAUCCAGGAGAUCCAGAAGGAGGGCGAAGCUGAGCUGAGCAAGAAGUGUGCAGAUAAUUCAGGGAAGAGGGUCGGCCCGCCCCCUGAGGCCAUCAAAGACUCUAAACGGCCCCGUGUGGGUCCGCCCCCGGAGAACCCCCCCCAGCCCAACGCCCCGCCCGCCAUCCCCCAGGCGGUUCAGGCCCCCCUUUUCGUCCCCCCUCGCGCCCGCUACCACCCUCCGGCUCCGGCGCCGCCGCAGGGCCGGAUCUACCACCCCAUCAUCAUCCCGCGGUUGCCCCCAGCGCCCUACGUGCCCCCGCUGCAGCACGUGCCCCCCCUGAACAAUAACAACAACAACCAGCACAACCACAACCCGCCCUUCAUGGACCUGCCCAUGCACUACGGACCCCCACCACACUACUACAGACGCUACUGAGAGCGCGACCCGAACCGAAUCGACGGACCGCUGAGGCAGAUUCUGUCCGGUUUCUACAGAUAUUUUUGAGUAAUAAAAUUGUAUAAAAGUGGAAAAAAAACAACAACAAAAAAAAAACAUAUUGAAGUUUAGCAUUCCCUUCUGUAUUUUUGUCUAACAGGUGUGAAUUUUCUAAUAAUAAAGUUUUCUUCACGAUGCCUCAGAA